AUGAUUCAAGGAAUCGCCCACGUCAACCUCUCAGUGCAUCCUGGCACGCUAGACGAUGCACAAGAGUUCUACGGCAAGACCCUCGGAUUAACUCCGACACAAGUCCCAGAGCUCCAAAAAGGAACCCUCCUAUGGUUCAAUAUCGGCUCGAGCGGGCAGCAGAUUCAUAUAAACAUGGGCCGAACAGACCCCGAACACUCGCGGCACCCGUGCUUCAAGUUGGAUUCCAGCGAGGAUCUUGAGGCUUUGAAAGAGGGAAUUUAUAAUCACCAUAUCCGAGGGGGUCCGUCGGCGCCGAUGGCUGCUGAUAAGCCCGGAGCUAUGGAUUCAGGUACUCAAGGAAAGGAAUAUCCCAAACGGUUCUUCGCCCGUGAUUAUGCGGGUAACCUGCUUGAGUUUACGCUAUGA